AUGUCUGCUUCCAUGCAGGAACCUGUUAUGGUUUUAGUUCUAUGCACGGCCAACUUAUUGGGAUCAAGCAGCUUUACUUGCCAACAAGAAACUGAAGCUGGUUCUGCUUCUGGUGUUUUUGAUGUGCUUAAUUAUGGAGCAAUUGAAAAUGGGAGAACAGAUGACUCCAAUGCAUUUUUAUCGGCAUGGAAAGCUGCUUGUGAUGCCGCGAUGGGAAGACCGGUUUUAUGCGUGCCAGAGGGCAAAACAUUAUUGUUGAAUCCUGUGGGAUUCGAAGGUCCUUGCAAGUCUUCAAGCAUUACCGUAUAUGGGAGGCUUCAGCUGGCACCAGAUAUUGAUUCAUGGCGUAGCCAGAGUUCUAAGAAUUGGCUUAGUUUUUCUGAGGAACCGGAUAUUGAAAGGCCAACAGCAUUGCAAUUUGUUAGCUGUGCUAACCUUCAGCUUAGUGGAUUAACACAUAUUAACAGCCCAAGAAACCACGUAAGUGUGGUUGGUUGCAACGGAUCAACUUUCUCUAAUCUUCAUAUAACUGCGCCUGGGGACGGUCCCAACACCGAUGGCAUCGACAUCUCUAAGUCAAGUAACCUAAAAAUUCAAGACUGCAUCAUGGCAACAGGGGAUGAUUGCAUUGCCAUGCUUGGAGGAUCAACUAACAUCAAUAUUACUAGGGUAGCAUAUGGACCGGGGCAUGGUAUAAGCAUCGGGAGCUUGGGAGAGGAUGGAACAACUGAUGAGGUAGAAGAAGUUCUUGUGACAAAUUGCAGCUUCCAUGGGACAAGAAAUGGAGCACAGAUCAAACCUGGCAGGCAUGGGAGAGGGAAUGGCUAUGCCAGACACAUAUCCUACCAAAUCCUAUCAUCAUCGACCAGUUCCAUUGCAAUAGUGAUAAGCUUUGCAUAA